AUAACAUUAGAUCAGAAAAAGUGUAAAAGGUGGCUAUUUAAAUUGCUACUAUCCCAGAUUCAAACCCGCGCGCAAGGGUUUUCAACGAAAAACUUACAUCCGGAAAGCUGGGUUUCAUCCCCAGAUCUUAAAAUUGCACCUGGCUAGACGCCUCAAGACACUAAAUUCUUGUCUAUAAUCCGCCCAAAAUGCUAGAUUCUUGUGGCAAUUCCCCACAAUUGGGCUCAAACCCUUAAAAUAUAAGGACUGAUUGGCUUUUUUUGAAUAACUAUGGAGGGAUUUGGAAAACAGGAGGCGGCGGGGAGCCUUCUGGUGGAAGACUUCGGGCAAAAGGUAGACCUCACGCGAAGAAUUAGAGAGGUUUUAACGAAUUAUCCAGAGGGUACGACUGUUCUCAAGGAGAUAAUUCAGAACGCGGAUGAUGCUGGGGCCACCAAAGUGUGCUUUUGUCUGGAUCGGCGAACGCACGGGACGCAGUCUUUGCUGUGCGAGCAGCUGAAGGAAUGGCAGGGGCCUGCGCUCAUGGCGUAUAAUAAUUCGCAGUUUACUGAGCAGGAUUUUGUGAGCAUUUCGAGGAUUGGGGACAGUCAGAAGCGAGGGCAAGUUUGGAAGACCGGCCGUUUCGGGGUUGGGUUUAAUUCUGUGUAUCAUUUGACAGACUUGCCAUCUUUUGUGAGUGGCAAAUAUGUAGUAUUCUUUGAUCCACAGGGAAAAUAUCUUCCAAAUAUUUCAUCAGCGAACCCGGGGAAGCGUAUUGAUUAUGUUAGCUCUGCAGCUCUUUCGUUGUACAAAGAUCAGUUCUCCCCAUAUUGCACUUUUGACUGUGAUAUGAGAAAUUCCUAUACAGGAACCCUUUUUCGUUUUCCUUUAAGAAAUAUGGAACAUGCAGCAGUUAGUAAACUUUCACGGCAAUCAUACUCCGAAGAAGAUAUUCUGGCAUUGUUUACUCAGCUGUAUACAGAAGCAGUCUUUGCAAUGCUUUUUCUGAAAAAUAUAACAACAUUAGAGAUGUAUGUAUGGAAUGCCUCGGCACAAACACCGGAACGUAUGUAUUCUUGUCACUUGGACUCACCUAAUUCAGAGGUGGUUUGGCAUCGCCAGGCAUUGCGUAGGCUGUCAAAUUUGAACAAAAAUGUAGGAAGUGAAAUAGACACUUUCUCAUUGGAUUUCGUAAGGCAAACUUUUGAUGGUACCCAAAAUGAACAAAUCGUCGACUCGUUCUUGAUUGUACAGUCAAUGGCAUCAUCAUCUAGUAGGAUUGGAGUUCUGGCCAAUAAUGCUGCAAAGGAGCAUGAUUUGCAUCUCUUACCAUGGGCAUCUGUGGCUGCCUGUAUUUCUGGUAAUGUGAGCAAGGAUCUCAUCUGCAGGGAUGGACGUGCAUUUUGCUUUCUUCCUUUACCAGUGAAAACAGGUUUGACAGUACAUGUAAAUGGCUACUUUGAACUUUCUUCCAAUAGACGUGAUAUUUGGUAUGGAUCUGACAUGGACAGAGGUGGGAAGCUACGGUCAGACUGGAAUGUAUGCCUUUUAGAGGAGGUUGUUGCUCCAGCUUUCAGUGAGUUGCUGAUCAAAGCUUCAAAACUACUUGGUCCAAGUGAGCGAUAUUAUUCAUUGUGGCCUUGUGGUCCCUUUGAAGAGCCAUGGGAAACACUGGUGAAACAAAUUUACAGGAAUAUUCAGGAGCUUCCAUCUCUGUAUUCAAAUGUUGAAGGUGGAAAGUGGAUCCUGCCAGCUGCUGCAUUUCUUCAUGAUGAAGUCUUUUCAAAGUCUAAGGAACUUGUUGAUGCUCUUAUAUUUUUAGGAAUGCCUGUUGUAGAACUACCUAAGCGAGUUGUAGACAUGCUUUUCUCUUAUUGUGCUACUACGCCAAAGAUGGUUUGCCCUGCUACGGUACGGAACAUGUUGCGGAGAUUGACGAGGAAAUCUCUGUUAGAUAGGGGAUGGAGCUUGUUGUUGUUGGAAUACUGCCUGGAUGAUCUAGUUGAUGAUGAAGUUGGACGUAUGGCAUCGGGUUUAUCUCUUAUUCCCCUAGCUAGUGGUAGAUAUGGAGUUUUUGAGGAGGGCAUAAAAGCUAUGUCUUAUUUCAUCUGCAGUGACUCUGAGUACAUGCUUUUGGAGAGUCUUACUGAUAGGCUGGUUGACAAGAAUAUCCCUGUAAAAUUACAUAACAGGCUUUCAGAUAUUGCACGGGCCUCGAAGACAAAUAUAACAUUUUUGAAUAGUACACAUCUUGUUCACCUUUUGUCCCAGAUUCUUCCCACUGAUUGGAGAGACAAGGAGAUAAUUGAGUGGAUGCCAGAAACUGAUGAAAAUCAUCCCACCCAGGCCUGGGUCACUCUCUUGUGGUGUUAUCUUAAAGAUCACUGUGAAGACAUUUCAAAUUUCUUAGACUGGCCCAUUUUACCAACAACAACAGGAUGUCUUUAUAGAAGUUCCAAGAACUCAAAAAUGAUAAAUGGUCAAUCACUAACCGAUUCAGUUAAAGAUAUUCUGAUAAAAGUUGGGUGUCAGAUACUAAAUCCAGAUUUUGAAAUUGAACAUCGUCAGCUGUCACUUUAUGUUCGUGAUGCAAGUGCUGUGGGAAUUUUGGAUGCCAUUUUUGAGGUAGCUUUGAAGCAAGAGUCACACCUGGCAAUGCUUUUUGAAAAUAUCACCGCCAAUGAAAGGCGUGAACUCCGUAGAUAUUUCCUCAAUCCAAAGUGGUAUAGUGGAGGACAGAUGACUGAAUCUCAUGUCCGUAUCUGCAAGCAUUUGCCUAUUUUUGAAGUAUACAAUGAUAAUGUGAGUAGCGAAACCUCUCUUUUCACUGAUUUGGAGAUGUCACAAAAAUUUUUGGUACCUCUUCAUAUGGACAGGCUCCUUUUAGGUUCAGAUUUUCUUUACAGUUCAUCUGGAAGUGAAGAAGAAGUAUUGUCAAGUUAUUAUGGCAUUCAAAGAAUGGGAAGGGCAUCAUUCUAUGCAUGUAGGGUGUUGAAUCGUAUAAGUGAGAUUUCCCCACAGCUUCUUGAGGAUGUGAUGCUUUCAAUUUUGUAUGAACUUCCUCAGCUGUGUGCACAAGAUUCAACCAUCAGAGAAAUAUUGAAGAACUUAGAAUUUGUUCCCACUAUCAGUGGCAGGCUAAGAAGCCCUAACAGUGUGUAUGAUCCUCGAAAUGAAGAACUUUAUGACCUUCUAGAGGAUCAUGAUAGCUUUCCUUGUGGCAAGUUCAGAGAAUCAGGAGCCCUAGACAUGCUUCAAGGGUUAGAAUUAAAAACUACAGUGUCUCCAGAAACUGUCUUACAGAGUGCUCGGCAGAUUGAAUCAUUGGUGCAUAAUGAUCCUGCAAAGGCCCACUCAAGGGGAGUAGUUCUGCUUUCUUAUUUGGAGCUAAAUGCAAAUAAAUGGCUACCUCAGAGUCCUGGUGAGGCAAACAAAAUGGUAAAUAAAAUGCUAACAAAAAUGGCUUCAGCACUUCAUUUACAAGAUUCUUAUUCAUACAUUGAUUUGACAAAAUUCUGGAAUGAUCUUACAAAAAUUUGCUGGUGCCCUGUGUUAGUAAAUCCCCCGUAUUCUCUUUUACCAUGGCCUUCAGUUUCUACAACAGUAGCCCCACCCAAGCUGGUUCGUUUGCCUACAGACAUUUGGCUUGUUUCUGCAAGCCUGCGUAUACUUGAUGGGGAAUGCCGCUCUAAUACCUUAUCGCAUUGUCUUGGAUGGUCCUCUUCACCAGGAGGAAGCAUUAUUGCUGCUCAGCUUCUUGAGCUUGGAAAAAAUCAUGAGAUUGUGGCAGACCAGAUAUUUCGGCAGGAGUUAGCUUUGGCUAUGCCAAGGUUAUACUCUGUUUUGACUGCCAUGAUUGGUACAGAUGAAAUGGAUAUUGUAAAAGCCAUUUUAGAAGGCAGUCGGUGGGUUUGGGUGGGAGAUGGAUUUGCAAAAGUUGAUGAGGUGGUUCUAUAUGGACCUCUUCAUUUAGCUCCAUAUGUGCGUGUUAUUCCUGUUGAUUUAGCCGUCUUUAAAGAUCUAUUUAUGGAUCUAGGUGUGCGAGAAUCUUUAAGUCCCAGAGAUUUUGCUAUGGUGCUUUCUCAAAUGGCUGCAAAUAAGAAAGGCAGUCCUUUGAAUGCACAUGAACUUAGGGCAGCAACCCUAAUUGUGCAAUAUUUGGCUGAUGCUAAGUUUCAUGACAAACAAAUAGCAUGCUACAUUCCUGAUGUUUCAUCUAUUCUUAUGCCUGUGACAGAACUUGCCUUCAAUGAUGCUCCUUGGUUAUCUACCUCUAAUGAAUGGGGUAACUCAGGGAGCAUAUCGCCUGUUGCUUUGACAGCAAACAAAAAGGUUCCCAAAUUUGUUCAUGGCAAUAUAUCAAAUGAUGUUGCAGAGAGGCUUGGUGUCUAUUCGCUUCGUAGAUUGUUGCUUGCAGAGAGUGCCGAUUCCAUGAACUUGGGCCUGUAUGGGGCAGCAGAGGCCUUCGGUCAACAUGAGGCCUUAACAACUAGGCUGAAGCAUAUAGUUGAAAUGUAUGCAGAUGGUCCUGGAAUUUUAUUUGAACUUGUACAAAAUGCAGAUGAUGCAGGAGCUUCUGAAGUUUGCUUUCUUUUGGAUAAAACUCAGUAUGGGACUUCAUCCAUUCUUUCUCCACAAAUGGCAGAUUGGCAGGGGCCAGCCUUAUAUUGUUACAAUAAUUCUGUCUUUACAGCUCAAGAUCUUUAUGCCAUUUCACGCAUUGGGCAAGACAGUAAACUUGAAAAGCCAUUUGCUAUUGGAAGGUUUGGACUUGGGUUCAACUCUGUGUAUCAUUUUACAGAUAUUCCUGGAUUUGUUUCUGGAGAAAACAUUGUGAUGUUUGAUCCACAUGCCUCUCAUCUUCCAGGGAUUACUCCAUCCCAUCCUGGGUUGAGGAUCAGCUUUGUUGGCAGAGGCAUAUUGGAACAAUUUCCUGAUCAAUUUUCUCCAUAUAUGCACUUUGGAUGUGACUUACAAAAUCCUUUCCCUGGCACUCUCUUUCGCUUUCCAUUAAGGACUUCCAGCACAUCUGCUUGCAGCCAAAUCAAGAAAGAAAGUUAUAGACCCGAGGAUGUUUUAUCACUUUUCUCAUCCUUCUACACAAAUGCAGGCGAGGCCUUGCUUUUUUUGCGAAAUGUAAUGAACAUUUCAGUAUAUGUGAAGGAUGGAUCCAAUCAUGAAAUGGUGCUACUGCAUCGUGUGUCUAGGCUUCCUGUUGACGUAUUGGAGAACCAACCUAGUCCAGCAAAUGUGAUGUUUGAUUUUAUUUAUGGUGAUUGCAAGGCUGGCAUGGACAAAGAGAAAUUCUUUCAAAAAUUGCAGAAGACACCAGAAACACAGUUACCUUGGAGUUGUGCAAAAGUUAUGAUGACUUCAAGUGAUACUACUGAAAAGUCAGAUCUGUGGAUCGUGAGUGAAUGUUUGGGGGGUGGACAUGCUAAAGUUAAGUCUCUCUCUCCGGAAAACAGAGAACGUAGUUUCAUUCCAUGGGCCGGUGUAGCUGCCAAGUUGCAUACGGGACUGGAGAAGGAGGUAAAAGGUGAAGCAACUCUUGCUGACAAUGCACUUGAGGGUCGUGCAUUUUGUUUUUUACCCUUGCCUGUCAACACAGGUCUUCCUGUUCAUAUUAAUGGCUACUUUGAACUGUCGUCAAAUCGUAGGGAUAUAUGGUUUGGUGAUGAUAUGGCAGGAGGGGGGAAGCUCAGGUCUGAUUGGAAUCGCUGUCUUCUUGAAGAUGCUGCAGCUCCAGCAUAUGCACGCUUACUUGCUAAUGUUGCUAGCGAAAUUGGUCCAUGUAGCACAUAUUACUCGUUUUGGCCCACUGCAACUACAAGAGAACCAUGGGCAUCUUUGAUGCAGAAGGUUUAUGUUAGCAUCACUGAUCUAGAGAUUUGUGUUCUUUACACAAAUGCUAGAGGUGGGCAGUGGAUUUGUGCAAAACAAGCUGUUUUUCCUGAUUAUUCCUUUGCAGAGGCCAUCGAACUUGGUAAUGCAUUAGCAGAGGCAGGUUUAACUUUGAUAAAUGCACCUAAAUCAGUGGUGGAUAGGUUUCGAGAGUUUUGCCCUUCCUUGCGAUAUCUCACGCCACAUUUGCUUCGAACUCUGUUAAUUCGGCGCAAACGUGGUUUCAAACAGAGAGAAGCAAUGCUUGUAACUUUGAAAUAUUGUUUGGAUGAUGUUGAUGAUCCUUUGAUAUCUGAUAAAUUGCAUGGUCUACCCUUGCUGCCCCUCGCUACAGGCUUAUUCACCACAUUUGCUAAAUCUGGACAAGGUGAAAAUCUCUAUGUGACCAGCCAAAAUGAAUAUGAUCUACUUAAAGAUGCAGUGCCAUAUUUACUUAUUGAUCGUGCCAUUGAUGCACAAAUAUUCAGCAAACUACAAAGAAUUGCCUCCAAUGGUGGCACAGAUCUUUGUUUACUUACAUCGCCCUUGUUGAAAGAACUUAUGCCUAAAAUUCUCCCUGCAGAUUGGGAGGGUAGAAAAUCAGUGUUAUGGACUCCUGGCUAUCAAGGACAACCAAGCUUGGCAUGGAUGGGCUUACUUUGGAAUUACUUUAAAUCAACAUGUCCAGACUUAACCGUCUUUUCAAAGUGGCCUCUUCUGCCAGCAAGGGAUGGGCACCUUCUCCAACUUGUAAGGAAUUCUAAUGUGAUCAAAGAUGAUGGAUGGAGUGAGAAUAUGUGUUCUUUAUUGAAGAAAACUGGAUGUUUCAUGUUGAGGAGUGACCUACCAAUAGAUCACGCAGGGUUAGAAGAGUAUGUUCAGAAUGCAACUGCAACAGGUGUCUUAAAUGCCUUACUGGCAUCGGCUGCUGGUAUACCAAAUUUAAAAGGACAUUUUACAACUGUAUCAGAGGGGGAGCUACGUGAACUUCGGAGUUUUCUGUGUCAGUCAAAGUGGUUUUCCAUUGGUCAGGUCAAUCCCCAGCAAAUUGAUAUCAUGAAGGCUCUACCUAUUUUUGAAUCCCAUGGAAGCAGACAAUUUGUGAACUUGACAGAAUCAACCAAGUGGCUGAAGCCUAAUGAAGUAGAUGAGGAGUUGCUAAAUGAUAGUUUUAUCCAUACAUCCUCAGAAAGAGAAGAUGCAAUUCUCAGAGAUUAUCUAGGUAUUCAAAGACCUUCAAAGGAGCAAUUUUACAGGGAACACAUAGUCAAUACAUUAUCCAAGUUUUCUUCACAACCAGCAGUUAUGCUGAGGGUUAUUCGGGACCUCAAGCUUUUGAUUCAGGAGGAUUCUACAGUUGGGAAAUCAAUUUCUGAUUUGCCUUUCAUCCUGACUGCACAAGGAUCUUUACAAAAGCCUGGAAGGUUGUAUGAUCCACGUGUUCCAGAGCUACAGCUGUUACUGAAUGAAGAUGCAUUUUUUCCAUCAAGAGAGUUUAAAGCUCCGGAAAUCCUUGAUUUUUUGGUUGAACUGGGAUUGAAAAAUUCUCUAGGUCAGAAGGGUUUACUGGAUAGUGCAAGAUCCAUUGCAAUGCUGUAUGAAGCUGGAAAAGAGUCUGAAGCAUUCAAAAUGGCUAAGAGAUUACUGGCAUUUAUCAAUAAAAUGGAGGUUGGAAUAAUUUCAACAGAACCACCUCAGAUCUCAGGGCAUGAAGAUCACAUCUAUGAUGAUGAAAAAGAUGGAAUUCUAACAAAUUCCCCUAAAGAAAAGAGUUGUGAAACACAUAAUGAUAUUGCUCGUCAAGCAGAUGGUUUGGUGGGUGAUGAAUUAGAAGAAGAGUUCUGGGUGGAACUAGCCAACACCUAUUGGUGUCCUGUUUAUAUUGAUCCUCCAGUCCAGGGAAUCCCUUGGCCCAAAUCAAUCAGAGGUUCACUAGCACCUCCAAAAGUGGUUAGACAAGAGUCCCAAAUGUGGUUAGUAUCGUCAACCAUGCGCAUACUGGAUGGUGAAUGCCACUCAUCGAAUAUACAACACAAACUUGGCUGGUUGGAUCGGCCAAAUGUUGGGGUACUGGCAGCUCAGUUGAUUGAGUUAUCCAAGGCCUACAGUUCUGCAAAAUCUGAUUCUGAUAGCAACAGAAGGGAAUUCCUAGAUGAAGUACUUCAAAGGGAGGUCCCAUCAAUCUAUUCACUUAUGCAGGAAUUUGUGGCAACAAAAGAUUUUGUAAUAUUACAAUCCCUCCUUGAGGGAAUGCAAUGGGUGUGGAUUGGAGAUAAUUUUGUGUCUUCUAAGGAGCUGGCCUUUGACUCACCAGCGAAAUUCCAGCCAUAUUUGUAUGUUGUGCCAUCCGAGUUGUCAGUAUUCAAAAACCUUCUUACUGCUUUGGGUGUACGUUUGACAUUUGACAUUAUGGAUUAUAUACAAGUCUUACAACAUUUAAAUGAAGACGUAAAAGGAAAAGAACUUUCAUCAGAACAAUUGAGUUUUGUUCUUCGGGUUCUUGAGGCAGUUGCAGAUACUUUGGGAGAAAAAAUGGCAUUUGAUAGUUUUCAAGGUUCAAUUUUGGCACCAGAUGCCUCUGGGAUUCUAAGAUCUGUAAGGGAUCUUGUUUAUAAUGAUGCUCCUUGGCUAGUGAGAACGAAUAUUGAAGUUCAAAAUUAUGUGCAUUCAAGCAUAGCUAAUGAUUUGGCUGAAAGACUUGGGGCAAAGUCACUGCGAAAUAUAUCUGUUAUGGAUCAGGAAAUGACAAAAGACCUACCCUGCAUGGAUCAUAUUAGAAUAAGUGAGGUUCUUAAGAGAUAUGGAAAUUAUGAUCUUCUCUUGUUUGACCUUCUAGAGAUAGCUGACCGAUGUAAAGCAAGGAAACUUCAUAUUUUAUAUGAUAAACGGGAUCAUCCAAGGCAGUCUUUGCUUCAACCUAAUCUAGGAGAAUUUCAAGGUCCUGCUCUAACAGUUGUACUUGAAGGGGCUGUGCUAAGCAUGGAAGAAAUAUGCAUUCUUCAACUUCAUCCUCCAUGGAAUCUACGAGGACAAGCUGUCAAUUAUGGCUCAGGAUUACUUAGUUGUUACCAGCUUUGUGACAUUUCAUUUAUAGUAUCUGGUGGAUCUCUUUAUUUAUUUGAUCCAUUUGGCCUUGUUCUUUCUACAUCUUUGAAUCGUGGUGAUUCUCUACCCUCAGAAUUGGCAAGUGCAAGAAUGUAUUCUCUACAAGGUACAGAUUUGCCUGAAAGGUUCCAAGACCAGUUUCGUCCACUGUCUUUUGAUGAAACUCUUCCAUGGGCAUCAUCCAAUUCCACAAUUAUUCGUAUGCCAUUAAAGUCUAAAUUUGCAGAUGAGGAUGUGGAAAAAGGUCCUCAAAGAAUCAAGCAUAUAUUUGAUAAAUUCAAAGUGCAUGCUUCUAGUGCAUUGUUGUUUAUAAAAUCAGUUGAACAGGUGUGGUUGUCAUCAUGGGAAGGUGGUCAAACUUGCCUAUCCCGGGACUAUGCUGUCUCUGUGGAUCCCUCAGCCUCUAUUCUGAGGAGUCCAUUCCCUGAGAAAAAGUGGAGGAAAUUCCAACUAUCAAAUCUGUUCAGCAGCUCAAGUGUUGCGACAAAAUUAUAUACAAUAGAUGUACGCAUAAUUGAAGAUGGGAGUGAAAUUGUUGACAGAUGGUUUGUUGCCCUUACACUUGGCUCUGGGCAGACGCGGAAUAUGGCUCUGGACAGGAGGUUCAUGUCUUACAACUUAGCUCCGAUUGCUGGUGUGGCUGCAAAUAUUUCUCGGAAUGGAAAGGCUCUUGGGGUUUGUUUAAACAGUUGCAUCUUAUCUCCCCUUCCACUGACUUGCUUAGUCAACUUGCCAGUGACAAUCUUUGGAUGUUUUCUUCUAUAUCACAAUGAUGGGCGAUAUCUCUUUGAAAAUCAAGCUUCAAGAAACACUGUAGGAAAUCAGCAUGAUAUGAAAAUUUCACUCAUUUCCUCUUGGAAUAUGGAAUUGAUGGCCUGUGCCCGUGAUUCAUAUGUUGAAUUAAUGUUGGAAUUUCAGAGGCUUAAAAAGGAUCCUUUAACUUCUCGUUUGGAGUUAUCUGUUGCCCAAAGUGUCAGUGGAGUCCUUCAGAGCUCAGCUGAUAGAGCUUAUUUGUUUUGGCCAAGAUCUAAACCCAAAAUUUCAUCUUCUAAUCAGAUGCAAACCAAUGAGGCUUAUAUAAAUUCUUUGACAGCCCCCAAUCUAGAGUGGGAAUGUAUAGUGGAUAAAGUUAUAAGACCUUUUUAUUCACGUCUAGUUGAAUUACCUGUCUGGCAACUCUAUGGUGGCGCUGUUGUGAAAGCUGAAGAAGGCAUGUUUCUUGCUACUCCUGGCUUUGAAAUUGCAGAUCAUUCACCACCAGCAACAGUUUGCAGCUUCAUCAAGGAACACUAUCCUGUGUUUGCAGUACCAUGGGAAUUAGUCAGAGAAAUUGAGGCUGUUGGAAUAUCAGUGAAAGAAAUAACACCUAAAAUGGUGAGGGAUUUGCUGAAGGCUUCUCCAACAUCCAUUGUCCUUCGAUCAGUUGAAACAUAUAUUGACAUUCUUGAGUAUUGUUUUUCUGAUCUUAGACUUCAACAACAAUCCAUGUCCAGUUCAAUAAAUCCAUCACCUGGUAAUCCUAAUAUUUCAUUUCAGGAUAAUGCCAAUCAUGUCAAUCUUCAGAGUAUUGCUAAUACAACUAGGAGUGGAGAAUUUAAUGAUCCUGCAAUCAGCAGGGUUAUGGGCCAAAAUUAUGUACGCAAUUCAAGGACAAGUUUCCAGAGAGUUCAGAACACUCCUGCAGGGAGUUCGUUGGAUGCUGGAGGAGAUGCACUAGAAAUAGUGACAAAUUUUGGGAGGGCUUUACUUGAUUUUGGAAGGAAUGUGGUUGAAGAUUUUAGUAAGGUUGGAGGACCUUCAACUCAAGCAGAUGGUGUUACUCCAAGUGGAUAUGGGAAUAUCACAUCACAUGAUACAUUUAUAGUUGGUGAGAUAAAAGGUUUACCAUGUCCAACAGCAACAAAGCAUUUAUCGCGGAUAGGUUCAACAGAGCUGUGGAUUGGAAACAAGGAGCAGCAAACAAUAAUGCUACCUUUGGCUGUAAAAUUCAUUCAUCUUCAGUGCUUCGACAGGCCGUCUCUUACAGAAUUGUUUGAGAACCACACAGUUCAAAGGCUGCUAAGGUUGCAGCCAUUUUCAUCACAGCUGCUGUCAGCCCACUUAAAAUCAGUUUUGUCAAAGCAGUGGGUUACCUAUGUCAACGAUAUGGGGGAUGCUCCCUGGGUUUCAUGGGAUUAUGUUCCAGAUUCCCUUAUUAAAGGUCCGUCCACUGAUUGGCUUCGUUUAUUUUGGAAGAAUAUUGGUAGUUCUGUGGAUGAAUUGAGACUCUUCUCUGAUUGGCCCCUUAUUCCUGCCAUUGCAUCCACUCCAGUCUUAUGUCGUGUGAGACAGCGUCAUCUGGUUUUUAUACCACCUGAAAUGGAGUCCUCUUCAGUAGAUACAAGUUCAAGUAGGAUAAUGGAAGGUACAGAAGUUGAGAACAGCUCUUUCAGGGAUUAUGGUGAUUUAGUCAACUCAUGCAUCAGAUCCUUUGAAGUAGUUGAGUCAAAACAUUCAUGGUUAUUGCCAUUAUUGAAUCGCUGUAAUGUGCCUGUCUAUGAUAAAUGCUUCCUUGACUGUAAUGCUCUGCAGUGCUGUCAGCCAAGGCCUGGCCAGACACUUGGGCAAGUUGUUAUUUCAAAGCUAUUGGCUGUUAAACAAUCUGGUUACUUCUCGUCAGAGGCAGUGUCUUUCUCGUCUAGUGACUGUGAUUCAUUGUUUUCACUUUUUGCCUCAGACUUCUCUCCUUCGCCUUCUUUAAUUCCUACUUAUAGCACAGAAGAGCUUGAUAUGCUGAGGUCUCUUGCCAUAUAUAGAACAGUUGUUGGAACAUAUACAUCUCUGAAUAGACAAGAUGCUUGUAUAGUUUCCCCAGGUGCUUUUUUCCAGCCAGUUGAUGAAAGGUGCCUCUGCUAUUUCUCUGCUGCAAGUGGUGGUUUGUUCUAUCGUGUUCUUGGUGUAUCAGAGUUGCAGAACCAGGAAUUAUUAGUAAAAUUUGGCUUACCAGCAUUUGAACAAAAGAUUGAACGUGAUCAGGAAUGCAUUUUAAUCUACCUUUAUCUCAAUUGGGAAGACCUACAAAUGGAAAAUACUGUAAUUGCUGCAUUGAAAGAGACUAGAUUUGUAAAGAGUGGUGCAAAUGAGGCAAAUAGUGAUUUGCUGAGACCUCGAGAGCUUCUAGAUCCUGAUGAUUCCUUACUGAAAUCCGUUUUUGCUGGAGAUAGCUCAAAGUUCCCUGGUGGAAGGUUCGCAACAGAUGGAUGGCUUCAUAUUUUACGCAAAGUAGGCUUACGAACUGCUUCAGAGCCAGAGAUGUUGCUAGAGUGUGCACGGAAGGUGGAGAUGCUUGCAAAGGAGGCUGCAUUAGAUACAGAUAUCUCCGACUUUUUGGUUGCAGGUGACUCUUUGUUUAGAGAUGAGCUUUCAACUGAGAUUUGGUCUCUUGCUGGCACUGUAGUGGAAACUAUUCUUAAAAACUUUGCAGUUGUGUAUGGAAGUAGUUUCUGUAAUCCCCUCAGCCAAAUUGCAUUUGUACCUGCUGAAAAAGGCAUGCCGAGCAUUGGGGGAAGAAAAGGUGGAAAGAGAGUGCUUACAUCAUACAGUGAGGCUAUUUUGCUGAGGGACUGGCCUUUAGCUUGGACAUGUGCACCCAUUUUGGCAAGACAAAAUUUCAUACCUCCUGAGUUUUCAUGGGGGGCACUGCAUCUGCGAAGUCCUCCACCAUUCUUGACAGUUCUAAAACAUCUACAGAUUGUCGGGAAAAAUGGUGGGGAAGAAAUGCUUGCACGGUGGCCAACAGCUGCAGGAAUGAAGUCUGUAGAGGAUGCCUUUAGUGAUGUUCUGAAGUACCUUAGUAGUAUCUGGGGGACGCUCUCAAGUUCAGAUAUAUUGGAACUGAAGAAAUUGCCAUUUAUACCAAUUGCAAAUGGUACACGACUUGUUACAGCAAGUUCUCUUUUUGUGAGGCUUGGAGUGAACUUAGCACCCUUUGCAUUUGAACUUCCAAGCUUGUAUCUUCCAUAUGUUGGGAUUUUAAGGGAUAUUGGAUUGCAGGAAGCUCCAACAUUUGCCAGUGCAAGGGCCCUGCUGGUAAAUAUUCAGCAGGAAAGUGGUUAUCAGCAUCUUAAUCCUAAUGAGCUUCGUGCAGUCUUACAUCUCUUACAGUUCAUAUGUGACGAAGGGAAGAGAUCCAAAGUGGAUGGUAGUGACCUCUUAUUUCCAGAUCAUGAUGCAGUUGUUCCUGAUGAAGGAUGCAGAUUGGUGCAUGCAAGAGUUUGUGUCUAUGUUGAUGCUCAUGGAUCUUGUCUUUUAGGUGAAAUUGAUACAUCCAGGUUACGAUUUGUAAACCCACAACUGUCAGAAGAUCUUUGCAUGCAACUGGGAGUGAAAAAACUCUCAGAUGUUGUUGUAGAGGAACUUGACCAGCGACAGCCUUUAGCAACAGUAGACGCAUUAGGUUCACUUUCUUUGAAAACAGUUACCGCCAAGAUUCUCAGUCCAUCAUUCCAUACUGCAGUUUGGUUGGUUAUUCAUAACUUUAAGGAACAUAUCCCAUCUUUGAGACAUUUAACCAAGGAUGAAGUCAAGAAAGUCCUAGGAUCUGCUGCUGAAAAGUUACGUUUUGUACGUUCUAUUUAUACUUGCUUUGUAAUGCUUCCAUCCUCAGUUGAUAUAACUCUAAAUGUCUCCAUAAACACAAAACAAUCUCUCUUUGGAGACCAGGGAGAUGAAUUAGGGCACCGAGUCCUCCAGUUUGUGGACCGAUCCAGGCAUGUCAUAUUGGUUGCAGAGCCUCCUGAUGUGGUUGCUGUUUCAGAUAUACUUGCAGCUGUCGUAAGCCGACUCUUAGAUUCACCCAUGUGUUUGCCAAUUAGUGCAUUAUUUAAUGUGCCUAUUGGCUCAGAAGUGAGAGCUUUGGAUCUUCUUAGGUUAGCUUCUCAUAGCAGAAAUGGGGACAAUUUCAGAAGUUCUGUGCACCAAGGUGGGCAGCCAGGUCAAGAACUGAUCCCAGCAGAUGCCAUGCAAGUGCAGUUAAAUCCCUUGAGACCAUUUUAUGCUGGGGAGAUCAUAGCAUGGCGAUCAGAUGGUGAAGGAGGAGUAAAGCUGAAGUAUGGUAAAGUGCCAGAAGAUGUUCGUCCAUCAGCUGGUCAAGCCAUGUAUAGACUGCUAGUAGAAACCACUCCAGGGGAGUUUGACCAACUUCUGUCAUCUAAUGUUCUUUCAUUUAAAAGUAUUGUAGCAGGAAGUUCUAGUAGGACCUUUGAAAAUAGUGAAGCUGGCUUCAGAUCUGGCACCCAGCAUGUACAGAGUCUUCAAGAACCUAGAAAGCCUAACAACCCAAUUAUCAAGUUUACUCAAAAUCAGGAAAAAAAUGCUCGUAUUGCAAGAAAGGUGUCUUCAUCAGAAAUUGUGCAUGCCGUCGCUGACAUGCUUUCUGCAGCUGGGAUCCCCAUGGGUCUUGAGAAGCAGUUACUACUGCAGCAGACACUUACCCUCAAGGAAGAGCUAACAUCAUCUCAGGCAGCCCUUAUAGUGGAGCAGGAAAGAGCAGAUUCAGCUGUGAAAGAAGCAGAAACAGCAAAGACAGCUUGGUCGUGUAGGGUUUGCCUAAAUUCAGAAGUUGAUACCAUGCUUAUUCCAUGUGGUCAUGUAUUGUGCCAAAGAUGUUGUUCUGCUGUAGCACGUUGUCCAUUUUGCCGUCGUCAAGUAUCAAAAGCUCCGAGGAUGUAUCGGCCUUAGUGCAGAUUCAAGUUUGCUCAAUUAUGUAUAGAGUUCAAGUACCUCAUCAUUUUUCUGAUUCUGUAUAUACAGCUAACAGGACAGAAACAAAUAGCUACCUAGCAAAUGCUGCUAAUUUUUUAUAGCGGCAAUUUGAGAGCGGAAGUGCAUGGUUGCAGCAUAUGCUUUUCCGUAUGUAUGUACAAGAAGAUUUUUUGAUUUUUGAGGAUAUCAGUCAUUGAUCUUGGCUUUCAACUAGUCAAUUAAUCAAUAACUUAAAUUCUGAUGGUAUAGGGGCUUUGGUUGUCCAUACGCAUUCUUUUCCAGUUUCAGCCUUGUCACUCUAUGGAGAUGGGACAGCUCAGGCCCAUUUAUAUACAAAAUGUUCUGGUUCGAUUCCUAUCUGAUUGCUCUCUCAAGAAUGGAGGUGCUCUUCCAACCCAAUAGAUCAGUUGUGUUUGGAAUGGUGGCUUUCCGAUAGUGAAUGGCUUUGGUGUAUUUAAUGUGCUUGAGCUCUGGAAACCAGAAUAUAUGCUACUAGAGGCAUUGUUACUGGCUGAUUCUGGUUGUAACAAAUAUAUUAUAUCUUAGCCGUGAACAAUAUAAUUAAGUUUAAAACUUCAUUUUUUUCUGAAUUAAAUUUCUUAUUUUCUGUAA